AUGGAUGUCGAUUAUGAAAGCCAAGUUGAUGAAGCCAUUCCUAAAGCCAAUGCCAUAGCGGCGAAGGGAGAUGUUGCUGGAGCACUGGACUCGCUUGCAAACUUGGAGAAGUUGUCUCGACUGGGAUCCGAUAUGAAGAGUAAUACAAGGAUUGUACAGCACAUGGUGAAAUUGUGCUUCGAGGGGAAGAAGUGGGACCUGCUGAACGAUACUAUCCUGACGCUGUCCAAGAAACGACUCAUCAUCAAAAUGGCCAUCGCUAAAAUGGUCCGCGAUGCUUGUGAAAUGGUGGAGAAAAUGCCAAACGAAGAGCUGAAAAUGAAACUCGUCGAUACCCUCCGUACAGUCACUGCUGGAAAGGUUAGUGCUGUUGCUCGAUUUUUUUUCUUAUUAUACACAUAGUG